AAACAAACAACCUCCUCACUGACUCAUUCACUUUUGUCACCUUCUCUUUCAACUUCUACUACCUUCUUCUCUCCUCUCUUUCGUAAGAUCACCACACCAUUCUCUCAUUACAUCAUUUUUAUUGCCUAAAUAUACAUUUUUUCACUACUAGCAUGUGCAUGAAUAAUCCUACAUUAUAGCUGGUAUUUAUUAGUUUUACAUAUGCCCAUCCAGUCUUGUACAUUUAUUGCUCAAUCUUGUUGGUUAGUAUUGGUUUCAUGCUUCUUCUGCUCUUCCUCUGCAUCUAGCUACCCUUUUCUUCUGUUUAUAAAUAGGACUUUUUCGAUAUCGAAGUUGAUCAGAAGGAUGGUGAUGAGCAAGAGGGUGGUUUACAAGCCUGCUGAUCAAGUUGAUGUCAGCUUCACCAGUGAUGAGGUCUAUGUGGAAGCCAAUGUCAAGGCUCCUCGGAUGGCCGGAUUUCUGGUCAAGUUGUUUGUCUGGUUCUUGGAGCUGAGGAUUUUGAAACCUUUUCUGCUCUACAUACUGAAGAGAGAAAAUCAAAUCCACAAGUUGGUUUCAUUCGUCGAGAUUGAAGAGGCACCUCUUUAUGUCCCUCUACACCCUUAUGAAGAGCACAAAGAACCAGAAACGAAACAUCUGGAGUCGGAUCUAUCUCCAUCGGAACAAGUUCAACAGGCGACUGAGUGCAUUAAUUCCUUAGAAAGUGUACGAGAAAAUGAAAACAUCAGUUUCAGGCACUGGACAAUAUUGGACUAUUCAAGAGCCUAUCUAUCUAGAGAAACAAAUCCAAAAAAGGUCGCGGAUCAAUUUAUAGCUUCCAUCAGCAAGUCAUGUAAUUCUGCAAUUCGAAUGUCAUUCUUUAUUAGUUGUGAUGUUGAAGAUAUUCUAAGGCAGGCUAAUGAGUCGACCCUUCGAUAUGAAAGAGGGGAACCGCUGUCAGCUCUCGAUGGAGUACCAAUUGCUGUCAAAGAUGAAAUAGAUUGUAUGCCUUAUCCAACUACUGGAGGUACAAAGUGGUUGCACAAAGUAAGAUCUUGCACAGAUGAUGCUGAUUGUGUUAAGCGCCUGAGACUAUGCGGUGCAAUUCUUGUUGGAAAGACUAAUAUGCAUGAGCUUGGUGCUGGAACAAGUGGAAUAAAUCCUCAUUAUGGGUCCACUCGAAAUCCAUAUGAUGUGAAUAAGAUCACAGGAGGUUCUUCUAGUGGAUCUGCUGCAGUUGUUUCUGCAGGACUGUGCCCUGCUGCCUUGGGUGUUGAUGGUGGAGGAUCUGUGCGAAUUCCUGCUGCUCUAUGCGGUGUAGUAGGCUUUAAGCCAACUUUUGGACGUGUAUCUCAUGCCGGGGUUCUUCCCCUGAAUUGGACAGUUGGGAUGGUUGGCGUACUUGCAGGCACGGUUGAGGAUGCUCUCAUAGUUUAUUCGGCUAUUAGUGCUCAACUUCCAUCAGAUCAACGCGUUACACAAAUGCAUCCGAGAGUUAGUCUACCUCUUCUGAACUUGCCAAGCAGCAUGCCGAAAGUAAAGUUAGCAAAGUAUGAUAAGUGGUUCAGUGAUUGCACUUACGACAUAAAACUUUGCUGUUCUAAUGCUCUUAAUCAGCUCCAGAAGAUCUAUGGAUGGGAGACUAUGGAGGUGACUAUACCAGAGAUAGAGGCUAUGCGCCUGGCACAUUACUUAACCAUCGGCUCUGAGUGUACUUCUGCACUUGCUUGCCAUCUCGAAAAACUGAAUAUGAAUGAAGUAGGGUGGGAUGCAAGGGUAGCCCUUUCGAUAUAUGGUGCUUUUGAUGGCAAGGAAUAUUUGAAUGCUCAAAGAAUCAGGAAUCGCCAGUUCCAAAUUCACCAAAAGAUAUUUGAUCAAGCAGAUGUUAUUGUAACACCGACGACUGGUGUAACAGCCUACACGAUACAGGACGAUGCUCUGAAGACGGGUGAACUGGACUAUAUAAAUGCCGCUGCACUCGUACGAUACAUGAUAGCAGGUAACUUUCUGGGAUUGCCAGCGGUAACUGUUCCUGUUGGAUACGACAAAGGCGGAUUGCCCAUCGGUCUUCAAUUCAUUGGAAAACCUUGGUCUGAAGCUUCACUGAUCUACAUUGCUUAUGCAGUGCAGGCAUUAUGCGCAGCUGAGUACAGGAAGCCUAGGGUUUUCUACGAUCAUCUUUCCGACUUGAAGAGGGACAAGACUGCAUAGUGAGAUUCAGUGCACACUAGUUUAGAAGCUUGCCAGACACAUACCUUGGGUGUUAUCUUACUCCACUGUUGAGCAAAGCCCCCAUAUAUAUAUUUUUUAUAUUUUUUUAGUUUCUUAUACGUGUGUAAUAUCAUUUGAGCCUUCAGAUUGAUUUCUAAACUCUUGUCAGAACUUGCUUUACGGUGUAUGUUGAAAAGGUAGUGUUCACAAUAUAAAUUUUCUAUUUCACGUUACUCUGGUUGUC